AUGCUGCUGCUCAAGAGAGGUUGUAAAGGGGAAGGUGAGAACAUGAAAACCUGGCAGCGGAGGUUUCAUCAGAAGAUGGAAUGGGAGAAGCCAAAUGACACCUGGUCUCUCACCGUGGAGGAUAACCUCAGUCCUCGAAACCCAGAACGCCCAUGGCACCUCUACCAGCAAAGAAAAGCAUUUGCCAGGUUUCAGUGCUCAUGCUGCACCCGUCGCUGGCCAUCGGCUCAAGUGCUCAUUCUCUUCCACAUGCACCUGGACCGGAGUCAGCGCCAGGGGCAGGUAAAGAUGAGGGUCUGUGGGCAGAAGUGUAAGAGGUGCCAUGGAGCGAAGUUUGAGAUGCCCACGUUCAGCCAGGAGAACAUUGAGAGGAUCCUGGACAACUUGGUGCUGAAAAUCCGUGCAAAAUGCUACCGAGAGUCCAUUGCAAACCGUGAUUUAGCUGACCCCAUAGUCGAAGAAGAUGUGGAAGGGCCACAUGACACGACCCGUUGUGAGGCGUGUGCUCUGGGGAUCUGUUAUCUGUCUACCUAUGGAUUCGUUAUCCCUGCUUCUCUGGCUGCAGCUUCUCAGUCUGGCCAGCUGGCUUGGCGGGGAGCAGACACAGAGAGCGACUGGAAGCUCGUGUGUUAUGUUUUACCAGUUGUGGUUGCUUUGCUCAUCUUUGCUGUGCUUUUUAGUGGGAAGUAG